UUGAUAGAGUGGAAUGGCGGAAUGGAAUUCAUGUAGAUGGCCCCAAUUAGCUGGGAUAAGUCGCAGAUGACGAUGACAAUGGUGUUUUGAUUGCGUUGCGGAAACAUAAGUUUUUUCCCUUGUCAGUCAAUCCAUGCUUUCUUUAAAUUUUUCAUUAUAAUGGACUAGCAAUUCUUGUUUGAAUUGCUUCAGACAUCAUUUUUUGGCAGCUAUUUGAUGGCACAAGAUGAUAAUACCUUGCAGACCUUUGCUAAUCUCACAGAUACCUGCUUCUUUAACCCAGGCACAUGCGGCCAUUGUAUGGAUCCCACAAAUUUUUUUUGUGGGCAGGGAUGAGUUCCAUUGUGUUGGUGGCCUGGCCCAAAAAGAUUGGCCAGUCAGUUCAAUAGGUCCCUAUUUCAAAUAUCAGAAAUUUUUGCAUUAUUGCACACAUAGACCAUGGGAAGUCAACUUUAGCAGAUAAGUUAUUACAAAUGACUGGAACUGUCCACAAAAGGGACAUGAAAGAGCAGUUUCUAGAUAACAUGGACCUAGAGAGAGAGAGGGGGAUCACAAUUAAAUUACAGGCAGCUCGAAUGCGUUAUGUAUUUAAUAACGAGCCAUAUUGCUUAAAUCUGAUUGAUACACCAGGGCAUGUUGACUUCUCAUAUGAGGUUUCUCGUUCUCUUGCUGCUUGUGAAGGUGCUCUCCUUGUUGUAGAUGCUUCUCAGGGAGUGGAAGCUCAGACACUGGCCAAUGUUUAUCUGGCCCUGGACAACAACCUUGAGAUCAUCCCGGUUUUAAACAAAAUAGAUCUUCCGGGUGCUGAACCAAAUCGUGUUGCACAAGAGAUUGAAGAGAUCGUUGGUCUGGACUGUUCCGAUGCGAUUCACUGCUCAGCUAAGGAAGGAAUUGGUAUUACAGAAAUUCUAAAUGCAAUCGUCAAAAGGAUUCCCCCUCCCAAGAAUACUGCUGAAAGGCCAUUAAGGGCUCUCAUAUUUGAUAGCUACUAUGAUCCAUAUAGGGGAGUAAUUGUAUACUUCCGUGUUAUUGAUGGAACUAUAAAGAAAGGUGACAAAAUAUAUUUUAUGGCUAGUGAGAAGGAGUACUAUGCCGAUGAAAUUGGUGUCUUAUCGCCCAAUCAAAUGCAAGUUGACAAGUUGUAUGCUGGUGAGGUGGGCUACCUUUCAGCUUCAAUAAGAUCAGUUGCAGAUGCUCGAGUUGGUGACACAAUUACUCAUUUUGGGAGAAGGGCAGAAAGCUCCCUUCCUGGAUAUGAGGAAGCAACUCCAAUGGUGUUCUGUGGCUUGUUUCCUGUUGAUGCUGACCAGUUUCCAGAGUUGCGUGAGGCAUUGGAGAAGCUCCAACUAAAUGAUGCAGCACUAAAUUUUGAACCUGAAUCUUCAAGCGCCAUGGGUUUCGGCUUCCGAUGUGGGUUCUUAGGCCUUCUCCAUAUGGAAAUAGUUCAGGAAAGGCUUGAGAGGGAGUACAACCUCACCUUGAUCACAACUGCUCCAAGUGUUGUUUACCGAGUCAAUUGUGUAAAUGGUGAUACUGUUGAGUGCUCAAAUCCAUCUAUGCUUCCUGAACCUGGAAAAAGGAGAUCCAUCGAGGAGCCAUAUGUAAAGAUUGAAAUGCUUACACCAAAAGAGUAUAUCGGUUCUCUUAUGGAGCUUGCUCAAGAUCGAAGAGGCGAGUUUAAAGAAAUGAAAUAUAUCACAGAGAAUAGAGCUUCAAUCAUCUAUUGGCUACCACUUGCUGAGAUGGUUGGGGAUUUCUUUGAUCAGCUGAAGUCUAAAAGCAAGGGAUAUGCUAGCAUGGAAUACACUUUUGUGGGGUAUCGGGAAAGUGAAUUGAUAAAGCUCGACAUUCAAAUUAAUGGUGAUCCUGUAGAACCAUUAGCAACUAUUGUUCACAGGGAUAAGGCUUAUUCUGUAGGAAGGGCCUUGACUCAAAAAUUGAAGGAGCUUAUACCACGCCAAAUGUUUAAAGUACCCAUCCAGGCAUGCAUAGGUGCCAAGGUGAUCGCUAGUGAAACUCUAUCAGCUAUUAGGAAGGAUGUUCUAUCCAAAUGUUAUGGAGGUGAUAUCACACGGAAAAAAAAGUUGCUGAAGAAACAGGCUGAAGGGAAGAAAAGGAUGAAGGCAAUUGGCAAAGUUGAAGUCCCUCAAGAAGCUUUCAUGGCUGUUUUGAGACUUGAAAAGGAGGUAAUAUGAUUUCAAGACUGCAAGACAUGAACACACCCCCUGUAGAAGAGCGAAAAAGAGAAGAAGAAUGUGGCCGUUUUCAGCCCGGAAAAGGAGGUAAUAUGGUUACAUCUCCUGUAUGAAAGGUGGGGACAAUUGUCAUAUGUUGCUGAUUGUAAUCUAUGCUUGCCUAAUAUGUCUUGCAAUGUUGUACGAAUGAUCACCAAAUAUUUAUUGCCAAGGGAAUUGUUUGCGCCCCUCGAUUUAGGGGACCCGUGA